UGUCCUCUGCACAGGCCUUGGGAAAGCGAUUACGGGCUGGGGGCUUCCUUCCCGGGCAGCCUGCCCAGGAGGGCCCAGAGGAGGCAGGGCUGGCUUCUGGGGGCCCAGUAGGGAAGGAGGGGGGUGGCGUGAUGCCCUCAGCCCGCAGCCUGGGCGAGCACAAAGCGACGCAAAUGCGGCAGCAGGGAUCGCCAUGACCGAGAAUGCCGACAUCUGCCGGCUUGAAGUGGCCAUGGGAGCCUCGGGGCGACCAGAGAGAAACGCUCUUCAACUCUCUCCACGCGUCACUUCCGGGACUCCGCAAUGACUACUUCCGCCUCACCAACCAACCACGAAUUACGACUCCCGGCAGCCCACGCUGCUUUCCGUCAUGGCUGCGGGGAAGAAAACGCGUGUGGAGAAGGCGCCGGCCGGUGCUCUGAGUCCGCCUGGGUACCGAGCCGUCCCCAUCCAGUUCUCCCCGGAGCGGACGGCCUCCCACUACCUGUAUCUCAAGGAACACCGAGUCCGUGAGGGCACCGGGUCCGCCUGGCCUCCGGGCCGCACGCUCUUCGUCCUCAACGUCCCCCCGUACUGCCCAGAGGAGCGCCUGGCCCAGCUCUUCUCCGACUGCUGCGGACCAGUCCAGAGCGUGAAGCUGCACCCGAAGCCGGACCUUUCCCAGCGGCCCGGAGAGCCCUCAACAGCCGCAGCCUCCGAGCUCUUCCGUCCAAAGCCUGUGCCGGGCUUCCAGGUGGCGUACUUGGUGUUCAGGAAGCGGGCGUCCGUGCAGAAGGCCGUGGCCCUCCAGGGGCCUCUGAUCGUCUCUACUGAGAGCUGCCCAGUGAAGACGGGCAUCGAGAAGUGGAUAGCGGACUAUGCGGCCUCUUUGGGGGACCCCGAGGCCCUCAGGGUGGAGGUGGACAAGUUCAUGGAGGAAUACGACAAGAAGGUGGCCCAGGAGGAUGCCCGGGCUGAGGCAGAAGAGGGGGUCCCUGAUGAGGAAGGCUGGGUGAAGGUGACCCGCAAAGGCCGGAGGCCCGGCCUGCCCCGCUCCGAGGCUGCCAGCCUGCGCGUACUGGAGAAGGAGAAGCGCAAGAAGGCCCGCAAGGAGCUGCUCAACUUCUAUGCCUGGCAGCACCGGGAGACCAAGAUGGAGCACCUGGCCCAGCUGCGGAAGAAGUUCGAGGAGGACAAGCAGAGGAUCGCCCUGAUGCGGGCUCAGCGCAAGUUCCGCCCCUACUGAGGAGUCGGUGGGGGGCCCUCAGCAAGCUGUGCCUGGUGUCUGGAGGAUGUGAAUGCGGCCCCCCCCCAGGAUCCCUGCACAGGCCACACUCAUACAGGAAGAGGAGGCUUUAUUGUCGAGCUGAGGCGCCCCAGGAGGCCAUUGGGGGGCUGGGCACUCGUCCCCGCGCCUGCCCCAGACGGUGGCGCCGCUCCAGGGCUACAGAUGGGCCUGGGCCGGCCCCUUGUCCUCCAGGAAGUGAGUGAUGAUUCCGGCCACCCUGUGGGGCUCCUGCAUGUGGACGUAAUGGCUGCCCUCCACCAAGACUAUCCGGCAGCGCUGGAAAGGAGGGCCCGCCGUGAGUGACCACCCACGGGUCUGAGCAGGGGGCAGGGGGCCCACCCGGCCGGGGCUCACCUCCUUGAGGGUGCUCUCUAGAAAGUCUUGAACCUGCUUCGUGCUGUCCUCGGGCUUCGUGCUGUCCUCGGGGUCUUGGACCUUGAAGUAGCUGUAUCCGCCUUUGGCCCUGCAGGGAGAGGGGGUCGCUGCGAGGGUCCCCCGCUGCCCUGCCCUCCGUUUGGGGGUACCCUGUCCUGGGCUGGGGCAGGGAGGGGCAAAGGUCCUUCCAGCCCCCCGACCGCAGGCAGCCUGGCCAGAGGAAGGGGGAGGGGAUGAGGGGCUCCCUGGGCCGGCCGGCCGGUCCCACUUACUUGAUGAUGAGCAUCUGGGCCUGGAUUUUCUGGCAAAAGUGCACGGCCUGCUCCGGGCUAAGGAAAUCGAAGGUGUUCUCUGGCUACAAGGAGAGAGCCGUCGGCCCGGGGAAGAGCUGAGGCAGAUGCCAAGGGCAGGGCUUGCUGCCUAAUCCCGUGUUCGAGUUCUGACACUUCGAUCAGCAAGGUGGGAAGGAGGUACAGCGGGCAGAGAGGGGUCCUGCAGUCCAGCCUCCCACUCUCCAUCUGUGAAAUGGGCCCAUCUCCCAGGGUGGUAUGUAGGGAAGGCCCUGCAGAGGUGCUCUCUGAGCUGGGCACCAGCUUGUUUGGGGGCCCUGCCAAAGGCAGCCCAAAGGGGCCUGGGAAAGAGCACACACCCUCCCCGAGGGCAGAUCGCAGCCCCUCCCCAGAGGACCUGCUCUGGCCUGCCAACAAGCUAGGAGGUGCUUGGCAGGUGCCCUGCUCUCCCAGGGUUGGCCUGGCUGGCGCUCCCCAACCCUCCCUCCAGUGCCAGCCCAGCGUCCUCCACCUUUGGAGUCAUCACUGGCUUCCCUUGGAUUGGCAUUCAAGGAUCUGCUCUAGAAAGCUGCCCCCAGUCGUGUGCCCCCCAGCCAAGGCCAAGGUGGACUCCCCCACCCCCACCCCAGUCCUGGGAAGGUGAGGCGCCCAGCCAGAGGGAUCUCCUGACACUUUGCCCCCAGAUUCUUUGGGGAAAGAUCCUGCCCUCGAGUCAUGCCACAGUGCCUUGGACUCUGGCACGAUGGGGGUGGGGAGGCAGCAGACGGGUGAGGGCGGUCAAAUGCCCAGUCUCUGAGCCUGCACUUGGCCCAGGCCCGGCCCUGCUUCCUCUCAUUAAUAAAUGUCUAAUAAAGCC